UUUUAAAGGCAUGAUCAGUUGGUAAUAUACGUCGACAGUAAGCUUAUGAUCGCUUCUUUGCAAUGAAACUUUCCUUUAUAUAAAUAGUAAUACAAACUGCAAUGCUAUUUAACUGGGGUUUCAAUGUUUAAGGUACUUAUUUUAAUUCAAAAACUGUGCAAUCACAAGAUAAAGUUGCAUGUAAGCUACCUACGCACAAAUGUACAGCGCUAUACUUCCAUUCUUUCUUACGUUUUUGUUAUACACACGUAUUGACUUCGACGUCGAUCCAAUGGCCUCAUAUGCAAACUAAGAUUAAGUCUGCGUGCAAGAAACCUGUUUGUGGAUUAUACCUCAUUACAACUGCAAUUAUUGAGCAUUAAUCGUGUUGUUGUUGUUUUCUAUUUUUGUUUACAUUGACGUUGACUGAACCUUAUUUGACUCUUAAGUUACGUUUGCAUGUUAAUUACCUAUGCACAUUACUUUACUCAUUACCUCAAUCAAAAGUGGGAGUAAUUUAGCGGAAACCAAAUUUUCUAUUUUGGUAACUGAGACGAUGACCUUGACCCAACUGAACUCUCUAGUUAACGUUCAGCGUAAAACUCCCAUCCAAACACAAUUUAUUGAGAGGAAACCUUGUUUUUUUUUCAAGUUUACAAACAGAUACCUUUACUUUGACCGACUGGAACAAAAACAAUCUUAAGCGUUGUUUUCCAUAUGAGUUUGCUAUAAGAAAUGUUUAAUAAAGUUUUGUUUGAAUUCGAACUAAAGUAAUUGACCGGAAACCACAUGUCUGCUGUUUUUAUUUUAAGUAGGACUGAACAGUUAAUGGACCUUGAUAUGACCGGUCGCUUAUACAAUGUCGCUCAAGGUCAUCAUGUAAGCUACAUACAGACACAAUGCUCGUGCAAUACCUCUAUCACCACAGUAAUCUCACGUUAUUUAGUAAAAACUGUUGCUGUUUUGUUUUGGUCUAAUUUAAGCUACAGUGACAUUGACCUGUACUCGCGUAAAAAUAAAAAAAAUAUAUUUUCUGGUUAUCGUUUGUGACAGUUUGCAGAUUAGGUGAUCGUUUAGCAUCAACACUCGGCUCCUUUCUACUUACGCAUGUGUUUAUUUAGACCAUUCCCAGUCCUCCUACAAAAUCCGACCUCUCUUUGAGGUGGACGAUAUUUGCACAUAUUCGCUCGUCUGUUUAGUACCCUAUUAACAUGUAACCUCCUUGUAAUUGUCCUUUUGUUACUAGCCUAUUCUUUACUUUGGCAACAUACGAUACUCGUGAUCAAACUUAAGAAAUUGAAUACAUGUAGAUCUUAAUCAGUAGAUUGUUCCUAUUGUGUUAUUAUUUCUCCUGGCGACGGUAUUUCAUCGCUAUUAGCGCUUUGAUUAAUGCCAUGUUUAUCGUCAAUAAAAACAACCCAUGUCCUGCCGUCUGUUUCUAUUGAUACAUAAUUAACUUUGCCAGAGCUAGCGAUUGGUCGAAUCCCCUGACACUUCACGGCUGUAUAAGAUCUGUACUGAAUACUCCCAAUGUCGAUGUCGACACAUUCUAACGUGUUUAAUGGAUAAUGUGAUGUGGCAGAAUAGUUUGAAUCGGUCAGGUAGACUCAAGGAAUAUGACUGGUUGAGCCAUUCAGCAAAUGGUAUAACUCACAAUGGACAAUUCAAAACUUUAUUUAGUAUUUAAACAUUAAAAGUUAACACACUUUCCAUUUCGUACUCUAUAACUUGUCAAAAUAUGUUAUGAAAUUACUGCACGCGUAUCGAAAAUACUAUUUGCAUUGGGUGAUAGUGAAACUGGACGUAAUUUGUAUCGGUUUCGUUAAAGGAUAUUCAAGUUGACAUGCAUGUGGCUUUAAAAUUUAAAAUGCAUACUUUGAAAAUGGUUAUCACUGGUGUUUUGCUACUUUUUGUUUUGCACAGCUGUAGUUGUACAACAUAUGCUGACCAAAGACGUUUGCAUGACUUAAUCAAGUCCUCAUUUGAUCCGCGAAUAAGGCCGACUCUUGAUCAGACUAAAGCAAUUAACGUGACAGUUAUUCCACAUCUUAGUGCAUUUAUUAAGUUAGAUGCAAGGGAACAAAUACUGAAAACAUCGUUUGGUCUAGAGCUUGAAUGGAGUCAGGAUAUAUUUACUUGGAACAUGUCAGAAUUUAGUGAUAUGGACAUGGUUACAGUGCCACAAGAGCAAACCUGGAUACCCGGUAUUCACGUACUGGACACAAUAACAACGUUUACACCAUUGACUGAGGCUUCAGAGGAUUUAAUGGUCUUACUUUAUUCGAAUGGACGUGUAAAACUUUCUGUUUGGUUUAACCUGGAUACAAAGUGUGAGGUAACAAUUACAAUGUAUCCAUUUGAUGUGCAAACGUGUCAUAUAAUAAUUGGGAAGCUGUACGACACUGACAAGAAAAUGAUUAUGGCACCGGAAACAGAAAGAUUGGAGAUUUGGAACAGAAAUCAUGAUGAAUGGUCUAUAAUCUCUACUGGAGUGAAACAGUACGUCUACCAUCCCGAUUUUACAGGCAUAGCUAUUAAAAUAAAUAUACGCCGAAAACCGGCGUUUUACAUUAUUAAUAUUUUCAUUCCCAUAUUCGUUCUGUGUUUCUUAAAUAUUUUAAGCUUCAUGAUCCCUCCUGAAUGUGGAGAGCGAAUUUCGUAUUGCGUUUCGUUGUUUCUUACAUUGUCGGUUCUGUUGAACGCAGUGAGUGAUUCUGUGCCGAAGGUUUCAAACGUGUCAUUUCUUCAAGUGUUUGUUAUUCUUGAUAUUGUGUUCUCGGCAUUUAUAACCAUUAUGUCCAUUGCGAUCGUAAGAUAUGAACAUUUGAAUAGACAUGAAGACGUAUGCGAUGUGAGAAGAGAUGAUCGCCCUAAAGAUGAAUUUAACGACGCAAAUGCUGAGAAGUCCAAUGAUGUUUCAUCAAAUGUGGUCAGACUGGAUUUUGCAUACAAAGUUGACACUUACCUCUUUAGGGGUUCUGUAUUGGUCUAUAUUUUGGCAAUUGUUGCUUUUAUUUUAAUUUGUUAUUUUGCAUAAUUUUCGUAACGUUCGCUCGCAGCUGUUUAAGAUUAAAGAACGUUUGGACUUUAAGCUAUUAAAUUAUUUUAUCGAAUGCAACUCAUAAACUUAUAUAAAGUGCCCUUAAUAUCUCACAGGAUAAAUGUGAUAACUCGAACAUUGCAUAAGAUUCUGUCAUUAAUUUUGUAAAACUAGUACAAAACGUAUUAAAUGAUUAUGCAAGAAUGUAUUGAGGUCAAAGUUAAGAUUAUCGCUCAUUUAUAAAGAAACCUUACGACUGUUUCAAUCAGUACAUUAAGUACAAGCAUAAGCCAGUCGUAUACAACAUAUUUGUUUAUUUCCCAGUGGUCAACAAGUUGGAGACAGUUAAAGCAAAAUAAACUAAUUUAUACAGCAAUAACUCAUUUAACACAAUUAGUUAACUGCUUCUUAAAACAUGUACAGUGGAAACUCGAACAAAACGCUUAAUCGUAUCAAGAAUCUGUGAUAUACAUGUAUGUAUCGAGGCUCACAAAUACGUUUUUCUGAUAUUGCUCGCAAGCCUUGAAUGUCAACGUUCAGUGACGUAAUUAUAAGUUAAGUGUCGUUAUUGUAAUGAAUUUUGCUUAUGUAAAACGAUGUUAAUAAAUUGUUGCCCGUGUUGAUUCCUCCUAUAACACAAACACAGUAUAUGAUGCAACGAUAUCUGCAAAUAUUUAAAUAAUUUGUUUAUAUCUGACUAUUGUCAUAGAAAUCUCUACCAUAAACUGAACGAAGUCAGACUUUAUGUUUUACAGUUAAAAUUUUUGAGCAUUUUAUAAUUUGUGUGUGGAGGGGUGGAGUAUUCAAACAUUCAUUUUAAUUUAUGCGUAUUCUUUGUGACAAUGAUUUUGUUAAACUGUACCCUUUAAGUAUAUAUAAAGAUGAAUGAAUUUCGGACAACAAGCUGAUGCAAACCUAUUGUAAUUUCGUUGUGUCAUACGGAUACGAUCUAAUCUAAUUAAUACUAAUAGCCUUAUAUUGUUGUUGCGAUGUGAAUUUUAAUUGUUGAUGUUUAUUCAUGGGAUCAAAGCUAAACAAAUGUGUAACCAGAUUAAAUAUUGACCUUCACUGUAAAACGAAGUUGCAUCGGUUUUGUUGAUACCCGAACACGUAGCAAGUUUUGAUUUCUUUAAGUUUGAUUUAUUGUAUGAAAGUAAAUAAACUAUUGUUCACUAAA